UCCAUCACAGAAGCAAGUAACUCCAUCACAGAAUAAAUCAUCGAAAAUGGCCCGCACCAAGCAGACUGCCCGCAAGUCCACCGGCGGCAAGGCGCCCCGCAAGCAGCUGGCCACCAAGGCCGCUCGCAAGACCCCCGCCACCGGCGGUGUGAAGAAGCCUCAUCGCUACCGCCCCGGUACCGUGGCGCUGCGCGAGAUCCGCAAGUACCAGAAGUCGACUGAGCUGCUGAUCCGCAAGCUGCCGUUCCAGCGCUUGGUGCGUGAGAUUGCCCAGGACUUCAAGACCGACCUGCGCUUCCAGAGCCAGGCCGUGCUGGCGCUGCAGGAGGCCGCCGAGGCCUACCUGGUGGGCCUGUUCGAGGACACCAACCUGUGCGCCAUCCACGCCAAGCGUGUGACGAUCAUGCCCAAGGACAUCCAGCUGGCCCGCCGCAUCCGUGGCGAGCGCGCUUAAGCGGGCUGCCCGGCCGCCAGGUUUGCCCCUGUGCAAAGGCUGUGCUCUACCUUUCAACAAAACUCGGUGUUUCUCAGCACCACCUUCAAGCAACGGCACAGGAUAUGUAGUUGAAUGCGUGGGGAUUUGUUGUCUGAUUGUAAUGCCUUUAUCUCACGGGAAGGGUGCGGUUCACACGGCAGCGCAGGGGUGAAGACUCCCUGCGUCAGUAGCCUGUAGUGCACAAUCAAGCAACCUGGAAUCUUUUACAUGGCGCAAGUGCAGGACGGCCUAUCCGUGUAGGGGGCGGGGGCAAGGAUACCUACCAUAUGACCCUGGCAGGUGGCCGAGCAGGUGUUGUCCAGAUACCGUUGAGCGCCCACGCUUGGUGGGCCACUUGUUUGCAGCUAAGACCAAGGCACGGCAGAGCUGUGUUACCUUUGCGUGCCGUGUACCGUUGAAGGGGGUUCCGUCCUGAGUAUGUCGUCUGUGCCCCGUUACCCCAGCCCAUCGUUGCCGGCCGUGGGUCCGUUAAGUUCGGCGCGCUUAGCGCGCGCCACCAGGGGUUGUAGGGAUGAAGGUGCAGCGCGCGCUGGUGCUAAUAGUUAGUCGCGCCCAGCGCCACCAUGUGGCCACCAUGCAGGGGUCGUAUCUUGUUUUUGGGGUAAUGUCUAGCGAAUUUGGGGGAGGGGGGUUGUCUGCAACCAUCGGCCAUACUGGGCCACGGUAACGCCUCGAAACACGGGCUCGCAGAUCGGCGCUGGGUGACGCGCAUUCCCUAAUCAGGGG